CAGUCAACUUUCAAAAUGUGGUCAACUAACAGUGUGGUUCCUUCUCUUUACCUGCUACUCGUUAUCUGUACUGCAGCCGAAGUCAUUGGGAUCAUUGGCGGGCGAUUUGCUCCUUUAGGAAUGUUUCCCUAUCAUGUUUCUGUGCACUUCGAUGGCAUGUUUGAUUGUGGCGGUUCCUUGAUCUCAGAGACAUUUGUCCUCACAGCUGCGCACUGUGUUCAGCACGAGAAAAGUCGGAUAACGAUUAUUGGUGGCAUCAUCGAUUUAAGGGAGCCUAACAAUGGACAAACUUUUGAUAGUAAAGAAAUCGUUAUUCACCCGUCUUUUAACUACUCUACCAUGGAUUACGAUAUUGCAUUGAUUCGCUUGAGUCAUCCAGCUGUAUUAAAUGCGAAUGUUCAAGUGAUUACAAUGGCUGCUGGUAAUGCCAACUAUCCACCAGAUACGGUGGCACUUAUCACCGGAUACGGUGAUAUCGAUCCAUAUCGAUCCAGGCAAAAUUUACUGAAAUAUGUAGAUUUUCCAAUAUGGGAUCAACAAACUUGCAAUUCCCACUAUUUUCCUUCAAUAACGGAUCGCAUGAUUUGUGCAGGAGAUCCGCUUGGACGAUACGGUCCAUGCGAAGGAGAUUCCGGGGGCGGGUUGAAUGUGAAUAAUACUCUCAUUGCGGUCUAUUCCUUUGGGUAUGGUUGUGGCACACCAUAUCGUCCGUCCGUUUUCCAAUUUGUACCAUACCAUCGACAGUGGAUAGAUGAGGUUAUGAAUUCUCAGUAUGUCCGGAAAAAGAAAAACUUUUCGAAUAACCCCAUGAAUGCUCACAAUGUUCGGCACAAGAAUUAAAAAAUUUACAAUUUAUAAAUAAUGUAAUUUAAGUUAGAAGGAGGUGAAAACAAUAAUAAAUUUAGAAUUGCUCGUAUAGCCGCCUUAUUGCCUUA